AUGACCCCCUCCCACACCAGCCUCUUAGAGGCUGCACCUGGGGCUACACCAAAUGAUCCGGGGUCGGACCGAGGUGUAGGAGUAAGGGGAAGCAGGUGUAGACCACCGGUUUUCCACUACGUUCAUGGGGCAAACAGAGGAGACAUGGGUGUCCCCGGAUGCCCUUCUGUCAAGAGUCGCCUGGGACUCGGGGCUGCGGGUAGGGGAGCGCGGGGGAAGGGAGACUCAGAGGCCCGCGCCCCGCGCGCGCGCUCGAGAGGGGGAAGGUACGGAGGGGGACUGAAGGGUAGGGGAUCCGAGGGAGAGGGCCGGAGAGAGGCGGGGCCACGAGCGUCCCCAGCGUCCUCGCUUCCCACCUGUCACGACGGUGGCGACGUAGGCCCGUCCGGUCAGCGGGUCCUGGAGCUCCGGCCACUUCCCGCAGCCUCUUCCUGUACAGCCAGCCGAGGGCGGGCCCCUCCCGCCUCGGGGACUAAUGGCGCCGCUCACGUUAACCCGCCCUCAGGUGCCGGUUCUCGCGGCGAGAUGCGUCACGCGGGCAGGACAGUCUUGUACUUGAAUACUCAAAUGGACCUGCGAUCUCAUCAAUUUGGAAGGUCCCAUCAAAGAUGCAUCCACAACUGCCCAUCCCAUAUGUGGUCAAAGCAGUAUCCUAACUCAUUGCCCCCAUGUCAAAACAGCCACAAGAAGCUCCAGGUACAUUCUGAUGUUUGGCUUAAGGACCACGAAGGCACCCCAAAGCCUGGGGAACUUUCUUCAACUUUGUAAAUGUAUUUGUUUAAUAUCCUCCUGCUAUGGCUAAGUAAAUUUCCUUUUGUUACAAUAAGUGUCUCAUUUCAUUCCAAUGUUAAACAUAAACUAGCAGGGGACUGGCUCGAGUCAGGUCCAGCCCAGAUAUUGUAUGAUUCUCACUCAUGUCCUCCCAAAAGUUGACUAAAGGGGGUCCUACUCAGACAUGCUGGAUGCCUUCCUCAGUUUCUUCUGACAUUGAGACUGUACCAGUGGAACACUAUGGCUAUCUACUUCUGUUUCCUUGCUGUUGCUGAGUGACUGGCUCAUAUUCUCUUUCCAUAAUACAGGUCUUCAAUAAUACCCUUUAACCUGUUCUUUGGAGUUCCUCAAUGAUAAUAGGUUGCAACCUGCUCACAUCCACCAUAUGCCUUUUAAUUGCCCUCUAUGUAAUGUUAAUCUUAAAUUCUUCAAAGGCAGUGUGUUACUCCAGAUCUCACUGCCCUACAGCUACAGAAACGAAAAUUCAUAUUGAAAAGAUGGACCUUUGUUAUUAUGGGAAAUUUGGGGUCUAUAAAAGUUCUUUGCAAUUUACCAAAAGCAGUUAAGUCUUAUUCUACUCCUCUUUUUCAACUCUAGACCCCCUCACUGUUCAUCUAGAUCAUCUGCCCCAGAUAUACAUACUCUUAGACACACUCCAUAGGGUUUCCACUCAGAGGCAUGUUAAAAUCUAGGUAAUAAACAUUUUUAAUCCACUUGAUCAUUCCUGAAUGGAUGUAUAGGCUAAAUUCCUUUGAGUGAUGACAGAGCUUUUUAUUCAUGGGGAAUUCCUUCCUUAGCUUGUACGUACACUCUGCUAUAUAUCCUCCGUCACAGUGGAGAAUACUUUUGGUAAGCUUAUCUCUCUCUCUCUUUUAUGUUUCACCUGAUAUUUAUUAUCAACAGGUCAUUGAAAGUGUUAUUUUUGUUGUUAUGUCUUCCAAGGAAUCUUUUUAAUUUGGUAUACAGGUGGAAGAAACCUUGUUGUCUAUAAGAUGGCCUUUGGUUCAAUUGAAGCAUUUUAAAAAUAAUCAACAAACAGUAAAUAUAGGGGGAUCUAAGUGAACCCAGGUCACCUUGAUAAUAUGAUGAGGCAUCAGAGUAGAAUUUUUGUGGAGCACUUUUCAUAACACUGUCA